GUCAAAGGUUAAAAGUGUUUUUAAGUUUUUCAUUUCAAGUCAUGCACAAGUGCGACUACUGUCUCUAUGCACAAUAUAUAACUGUGUUUUAAUGUUCAAUAAAUAAAAAUGGCAUCCACAAGACAACAUGAUGCUGCAUGCGGUGACAAUCAGGCCAACGCCUGAACAUGUCUCCUCAGCAGCAGGCAUGUAUGGGCAUUGUCCGCAGUGUUUAAAUAAAGCUACAAACAAAAGAAGAAGAAGAAAAAAAGUGUCACAUCAAAACAAAGGAGGAAAUUCUGGGAAAUUUAGGUUGCCUCAUAAAGUGCACGUCAUUUCCUCCAAUGACCAAUGUGCGGUUUGGGCUCUUUAAAAAAAAAAAAAGUUAAAGGAGUGCGAUUAUGACAAGUCUGUGCAUUAGGAGGAGAAUGAGUGGACAUGUGAGGAGUAGUAUGCUUUGGACACGUCUGAAGAACCCAGCAACAACAUUGCUCGCUCUCCUGCUGCUCCUGGUGGCCCAAUCCUCAAAAACAGCAAGCAGCAAAAGCCAGCCGUGUGGAGGUUUCCUGCAGCAGACCUUGAGGCUAACCAGACUCAUCCAGAAAGAAUCCGUGGAGCUCAUCAAAACAUAUAAAGCCUCCCAAGGAGAAAUGUCCCACCUCUUCUGCAAGAUGUCCAUCCCUAACGUUCCUGAGCCCAACAUCUCCGGCCUAGAGCCCUCAGAGAGGAUGGAGAGCAUCCACCGGAACCUGCAGGCCUUCUCCCCUCACCUGAGGCGGGUGUACGAGCAGCAAACGGACCUGCAGCCUCCCGACAGUUUGCUUCUGGUCCAGCUGGGAAUCGUGGGCACAUACAGCAGGAACCUGGAGGCGCUCAUGCAAGCCUUCUACCGGAAAGCCUUCCCAAACCUCCAGGAUUGGCCGGCAGGGGCACCCACCUCCUUGCCCCCUCCGCAGAACAUCUUCCAGCAGAAGGUUUAUGGAUGUGUAGUGUUGAAGACCUACAAGGAGUUCCUGUUGAAUGUUAGCAGGGAAUUGAGGACCAUCAAAGGCAAAGUGUGCAGAGGGAGGAGGAAUUUACUAUGAGACUUAAGAGGAACUGUGAGUACGAGACGGUGCCUCAGCCUAUUUAUACUAUUUAAUAUUUAUUUUCUUAUGUAUUUCUGAGCACACAGCACC